AUGGUUCUUGAUGUGGGCCAAUUAGCAAGAGUGCCAACAGAUCCCAAGCCUUUGGGGACUGCAGCUUUCACAGCCAUGAAAUUCUUUGCCACCUCAUAUUCCAAAAGAGUUUCCAUGACCCUUUCUGGUGCUAUUCCGUAUUUUUUUUCUUUCUUGUUUUUCUUCUUCAUUUUCUGCAAUAAAUCAGUUAUCUUUUAUUUUUAUUUCUUUCUUCAGAGGUUUCUAACUUUUCUUUAUUUUUAUUUUAUUUUUCUACAUCAAAUUCUAUGUCGCUUUCUUUUUUUCCUUUUUGUUUUCUUUUAUGAGUUUUCUUUCUUUUUCUUUGGUGAAUCUAAUGACUUUCUUUUCUUCUUUUUACAUUUUCUUUUCUUCUUCAAUGAUAGCCAAAUCUUCUGUUUUUCCUGUGAAGGACUUUCUUUUCUUCUUUUUCAUUUUUUUUUUUUUUUUUCUUCAUUUCUCAUAAUUAAAUUUUUAAUUUUCUUUUCUUCGAAAGAGUUUUCUAAGGGUUCAGUCUUUUUCUCUAAUGAAUCAUUUGCUCAUCUCUGUAUUUUCUUCUUCUUUCAUUACUACAGGUUCAUUUUUUCUUUUUUUUUCUUUCUUUCUUUCUUUCUUUCUUCUUCAUUUCUCCAAAUUAUUUUUCCUUUCUUCUUUUCUUCAGAUUUCCCAAGUUUUCUUUCUUUCUACCUCUCUUAUGAAGCUAAGGAUUUAAUUAUUUCUUUUCUUCUUCAAAGAUAUUCAAAUUAUUUUUCUUCUUUUCUUCUCCAUUCCUUUUCGUUUUCAUUUCUGCAAAUUUCGUCUUUUCUUUCUUUGAAGUUUUAUCAAAAUCUUUUUUUAACUUCUUCUUCUUCUUCUUCUUCUUCUUCUUCUUCUUCUUCUUCUUUCAUUCCUUUUGUGCUUUUUCUUCGUUUUUCAUCUCUUUUUUUCCUUCUCCUUGUUUAUUCAUCUGUCUUCUUUCUCCAUUUAGUAUUUUCUUCUUUCUCUCUUUUUGUUCUUUUUCCUUUCUAUCUUCUUACUUCUGUUGGUUACCGCUUUGCCUAA